AUGGCGCGUGGUGGUCAGCAGAAUCACUUCGAGCCUUUGGCUACUACACCAGCCAGUGGUUCAUCGCAGAGGUUGGCAUCUACUAUGGAGGAUUCUAACAGUCCUUUCUACCUCCAUAGUGGUGAUAAUCCCGGUCUCACCAUGGUUUCACAUCCCUUGAAUGGGCCAAAUUACAACACAUGGAGCAUAUCUAUGCUCAUGGCGCUCAAUGCCAAGAAUAAGGUGGGAUUUGUGGAUGGCACUCUACAGAGACCUUCCUCUGAUGACCUGACCUUUAGUUUUUGGUCCAGAUGCAACAGCAUAGUGACCUCUUGGCUUCUCAACUCGGUGACGAAAGAGAUAGCAGACAGUCUACUCUACCUUGAGAGUGCGAGAGAUGUGUGGAAUGAUUUGUAUGAACGAUUUCAUCAAAGCAACGUACCUCGUAUUUUCCAGAUCAAGAUGCUUCUACUUGGGUUAUCUCAAGGGUCUCUUGAUGUCCACAACUACUACACCAAGCUCAAAAUUCUUUGGGAUGAACUCAAAGAUUAUCAGCCUGUUCCCGUUUGCAGCUGUGGAGGAAUGAAGAAAUGGAUGGAAUAUCAACAACAAGAGUAUGUGAUGCAGUUUUUAAUGGGUUUGAAUGACUCUUUUGCAUCCAUACGUGUGCAGAUCUUGAUGAUCGGCCCUCUGCCUUCUAUUUCUAAAACUUUCUCUCUGGUUGUUCAAGAAGAACGUCAGCGAACUAUUGGUGCUGAAGUUGCGGCUACACCAGAAUCCAUGGUUUUCCAGUCAUCUACCUUUGUUUCUCCCUUACCGGUGACCAACGCAGUUGCUGCUUUCAAUCGUUACAAGCCUAGAGGUAAUAGGCCCAGCUGCACACACUGUGGACUAAUGGGCCACACGGUUGAUAAUGCUAUAACUACAUGGCUAUCCACCUGGGUUCAAGCCCAGAUCUAG